AUGCAUUGGAAUGACUCAUCCAAUUCCUCAGAAAGUGACAAUGAAGCUCACUCAGCCUUCACACAGACUGAGCACAACAUAGUUGCAGCUUACUUAAUAACAGCAGGAGUGAUAAGCAUUUUCAGUAACAUUGUCGUGUUAGGCAUCUUUGUGAAGUACAAAGAGCUUCGGACAGCAACCAAUGCAAUUAUUAUCAACUUGGCUUUUACUGAUAUUGGUGUUAGUGGCAUUGGUUACCCCAUGUCUGCUGCCUCAGACCUGCAUGGAAGCUGGAAAUUUGGAUAUACCGGAUGCCAGAUCUAUGCUGCCUUAAAUAUCUUUUUUGGGAUGGCGAGUAUUGGUUUGCUGACUGUUGUUGCUGUUGAUCGCUACCUGACCAUCUGCAGGCCUGAUAUAGGAAGAAGAAUGACCACCCGUAGCUAUGCCACUCUCAUCCUUGCUGCUUGGAUAAAUGCAGUCUUCUGGUCUUCCAUGCCUACUGCAGGCUGGGCCAGCUACGCUCCGGAUCCCACUGGAGCAACGUGCACAGUAAAUUGGAGGAAAAAUGACGCGUCCUUUAUUUCCUACACAAUGAGUGUAAUUGCUGUUAAUUUUGUUGUGCCCUUAACAGUCAUGUUUUACUGUUAUUACAAUGUUUCCCGGACAAUGAAACAAUACGCCAGCAGUAACUGCCUGGAGAGUAUUAACAUAGAUUGGUCUGACCAAGUAGAUGUGACAAAGAUGUCUGUUGUGAUGAUUAUAAUGUUCUUGGUGGCAUGGUCUCCAUAUUCUAUUGUGUGUUUGUGGUCUUCCUUUGGAGACCCAAAGAAAAUUUCUCCUGCAAUGGCGAUCAUAGCUCCGCUCUUCGCAAAAUCUUCCACAUUCUAUAAUCCCUGCAUUUAUGUCAUUGCAAACAAAAAGUUUCGGAGGGCAAUCCUGGCGAUGGUGCGGUGCCAGACGAGACAAGAGAUAACCAUAAACAAUGCUUUGCCCAUGAGUGUGUCUCAAAGUGCUCUGACAUCGCAGAACUCCAGUCGUUUGCCUGCAUAA